ACAGAAGUCAAGCCUGUCGAUAGAGGGCGUCGUAGUUGCGGAAAAUGCCGCAGGUGUAAAAGAGCCGGUGUGCGUGGACCGUGGUUGCCAAGUCUGUAUUUUUAUGCUUCUUGACUCCACUUUGUUUAAUGAAGACGGUGAGCUCGGUCAGUCGUAACCAGCAGCAGGAGGACAAGGACAUGAACGGUCUGUGUCUCUCUGGUACUAGUACCUGGACUCAUCGACUGGUUUGGUCUGAACCACGUGGUCUGAAUGAGUGGACAGAGCCAGGAAAACCGUCGAUAAAUUAUGGGGGGUUGGUUCUUUUUGAGUUUAAUUUAAGACCUGAUUGCUUGUUUUUCUAGAAAGAUCUGGCAACGCGGUGGUGAACGCCUACAUUUAAAUGCAUGUAAAGUCCGCAGAGGACCGGAGUUCUUGGCUGAGAAAGUUCGACCGACGCCGUGGAUCAAAUGUAGAAACAACUGACAGGAAAUGUUCAACAGACUCGUGUGAAGACAUUCGAUAACAGUCACGGACGAGCGGUUCCCCUGCCGACAAGAACCCGACCGGUGGGUCCACGGAGACCGCAGCUGUGGUUCUGGACGGGUUCCCUCUGUGUCGUGUUUUUGUUCCAGGACCUUCUUCUUCUUCUUCUUCUUCUUCUUCUUAUCUGAUCCACAAAGACCUUUAGAUCCUGGAAACUCACUGCAGGAUCAGAAGACUGUCCGUCCCAGCGGCUCCACGUCUUCGUGCCGGACCAGGACCAUGAGCCGGACCAGACAGAUUGACAUCCAGCGAGCUCUGGCUCUGGCCGGACUUUUCACCUUCCUGUGCUCCUGUGCCAAAGGCUGCCUGCUCCCCUUCCUCACGCUGUACUUCAGACAGCUGGGCCUCAGCCCUGCCAUGACGGGCAUGGUCAUGGGUGCCAGUCACCUGGUAUCACUGGUGUGGAGCCCCCUGGCCAGCCUGCUGUCCAAACACUACAACAAAAGGCGGGUGGUGAUCGGCGGCUCUCUGGUCUGCUCAGCUGCGGUGGUUCUGGUUCUGCUGCUGUUUCCACCUAGUGGUGAGAACAUGCACUUCAGCUCGUGCAGCCUGUCAAAUCACAGCAGCCGUCCAACAGGAGGACCUGGUGAUAAGCUGCUCAUCACCAGCAAAGAACCUGAAACAUCGCUGUCGUCCCCUGGUGUCACAGUCGCCACAGAAACGACCGCUGAGGAAAAAUCCUCUCUCGGAAACACGAGCACAUCUCCUCACACUCGGACGGGGUCAGCGGAGGUCAAUGAGACCAGUAGACCAGCAGCAGAACCCAGUACCAGCAGCUCUGCCGGUUCUCACAACACCAGCAGCGAGUCGCCUGCAGCUGUAGCUCGGAGGAAGAGGUCGUACCUAGAAACGCGUCAGCAGGAGGACAGGACGCCGGAGGAGGUCAGACGGUUUGAAUUCCUGGGGUACCUGAAGGUGAUGGACCCUCAACACCAGCUCUUCUUCCUGAUCCUGAUCACUGUAGUGGCGUGGGAGUCUGUGUGGGCCCCCCUGGAGUGGACGGCAGACGACGGACUCUACGACUAUCUUGAUUUUGCAGACGCGUCCGACCGCUACAGCAGCACCACCCUGUGGAGUUUACUGGGAACAGCCUUCGGGGCCGCAGGUGUAGGGCUGCUGGUCAGCCAGUUGAACUGCACCCUCCCCGGUGAAACCCCCCGCAGUGCCGUUCAUUUCUACUGCUACUGCAGCGUGGCGGUCCUGGCCGCGCCGGCCGCCGUCUACCUCCCUCUGUACCUGAACAAAAAGCGAGAGCGGGCCAACGGGCUCCUGAAGGCCAUGCAGCUGGUGCGGGGGUCUCCCCGCGCUCUGCUCUGUGCAGUGACCACCCUGAUGGUGGGGGCAGCGGUCGCUGCGGUGGAGAACUUCCUCCUGUGGCAGAUGCAGGACCACGGGGCCACUGAGCUGCACAUGGGCCUCGCCGUGGCCGUGGCUCUGUUUUCUCAGACCACUUUCCCUCUCGUCGCUGACAGAGUGUCCAGACUCCUCAGCUCAGGACGGGUGCUGGCGGGGGGGGCCGCCGUGCUCAGCCUGCAGUGUCUCUAUUAUUCUGUCUUGUGGGGGCCCUGGUCUGCGCUGCCUGCUCAGACUGUGACUUGCUUCAGCAGCGGCGCCCUCUGGUGGGCUGUGGAUGUCCAGUGUGAGGACGUAGCCACACCUGAAGCGCAGAGACACGUGAGGAGAGUGUACAGCGCUCUGACUCUGCACCUGGGGGGCGGCCUGGGGAGCGUUGCUGCAGGGUUUGUGGCAGAGAGGUUUGGUGUGGCGUGGAUGUUCAGAGGAGUGGCCGUGGCUCUGACGGUGUGGUGCGUGUGUCUCCUCCUGCUGCAGUGGAAAACCCCCCGCCAGCGCAGGAUCAACUACUCUCGACUUUUGGUGGCUAACGUUAGCGAGGCUAGUGACUCCGAGUCUGAACAGGAGAGAGACUGGCUGGAUAAGGCCAUGCAGGAGCCCAGGGGCAAGAAUCACUGUGGGAGGAAGCUAAACUAUUGAAGGUGGGCUCUGGUUCUGAUCAGUCUGGUACUCCUACCCUCUUGGUGUGGGUUGAAGCUGGACCAGUCUGGACCAAAUCAAAUCAGACAACAGCUGGCUCUUCUGCCUCAACUAAAAGUAAAAAAAGUUCAUUUAGUCCGAGUUCCAGGAUUAUUUCUGGUACUGGUCUUGGGAUCAUGGUCUCUGUCCCGACCCCCACUUCUCUUUUGUCAACACAAAAAACAAAAAACAGCAAACACUGGAGAGAGUCCAGGUACCACCAGUGAUACAGACACCGUAUGUUGAGAACCAACCUUUCUCUCCUGGUGUGAGCACAUCUUCUGAGGACGUGAAGUCCUUCAGUCUGAACUGAACUUUGGUCCAAAACGAGGUUUUUAAACUGGUCGUCAUCCACCAACGGCAGCACGUGACUGAGCGUCGUCUCCAUUUUCGACUGUACAUUUCAUUUGCAUGAGGAUGUGAUGUGGGGUCUGCCCUUUAACCUUUGACCUGUCUGAUGGACUGAAAACUUUAGAUAUAAUGCUUAACAUCAUUUGCAAAUAAAAAAGCACAGUGGGGUGAGGGGUGGGGGUCGCCUGUGGGUGGAUGAAGAUGCUGAAGAAGGGGGGGUGGAGGGUGGAGCACAGAGGUUCCGCUGCCGCCUCUGUUUGUUCAACUGUUUUUUCCAAAAAUGGAAUGGUGGAAAAGAACCGUAAUAAAAACAUCAAUUAUUUCACCUCAAAUCCACAUCACUGUGUUGUCAGGUCCAGUCUCCAGUGUGUGUGUGUGUGUGUGUGUGUGUGUUAACCAUUAACCAUUAACCUGAGACUGAAACCCAUGUUUUCAUUGGUGCUGCAGCUGUCGACACAUGGCCGUGUACCAUGACCCUUGACCUUAGACACAACUAUAGUUUUGGUCUUGACCCAUUGUCGUACACUCGUCAUAUCACGUCAUUUCCUGUCUGCACAAUCAGGCAGUGAGACAGAGACACAUCUGUCUGUCUGUUAACCGUCUGUCAACCGUCUGUCUGUAAAUG